CUCGUCUCAUCAACACAGUGAGAACACUAUAAGUCACCCACAACUUCAAGUCUUCAAACACUACUCAGUUCUACUACCUCAACUUCAAAAUGUCUACCUCCCAUAUCGAGACCUCUAUCGGCAGCACUGACGCCUCCAUCGUCAUUGCCGCCCUCCACAACCACGAACUCAUGAUCAAGACCCUCUGUCCCGCACUCGUCAGCUACUCCUUCGAGUCCGGCAACAAGGCUACAUCCGCAACCUACACCGUGACCGAUAAGAAGCCCAUUGGCCAGACAACAUAUAAGCUGACUCUCACCAACGUCGCCGACGGCGUCGACUCCCUCGUCAACGCUAAGCCUCCCGUCGGCAUCCUGACAAUUGCUGGCAAGUGGCGUGUUAGCGGCGGAAAGCUCACCGAGGACGUGGUCAUUGAUGGCAACUUCAUGAUGAAGAAAGUUGCCAAGGGUAAUGUUGAGAAGACACACCCGGAGCAGCACACCAAGCUGCUUGAGGCUGCUCAGGCUUAGAUCGGCUUUUGGAUAGGAGUGUUGCAGCGAUUCAGUGAGCAUACUGUUUGAAGCGAGCAUAGCGUAGCAUAGUCUUAGAGUGCGAAUUGUAUUCGUCCGUUUUAUCAGCAACGAGCCUUCUUCUAAACUAGCCCGGAGCCAUCAG